AUGACCGAUUGUAAAGCUUUUGGACGCUGUGCGGAAGAGCUGGAGGAGGCUGGUGCAUCCCCAGUGACGUGCUGCCCUGUGCCCCUGGAGAAGCUCCCCUUGGCUCAGCGCCUCAGGCUGGUUGAGAGGAGGCUACAGUACGUGGGCAGACAUCUGGAUGCAGUUCUGAUACCGCCGAGUGUGGCGACAGCCGCGAAGAGCCAGUUCUCCUAUUCCGCUAUGGAAUCCACCACUUCUGCCCUCUGGAGUCCCAGCUCCUUUUCCCUGAGAGAAGCCGCCAGCAUUCAGUCGGAGCCCCUCUGCCACACAGGGGAGAUCAUGCCCUUCGCGAGCUGGGAAGGAUCCACUCAUCCCAUCCAAGCCCAGCCUCUCCCCAGGCAUCCUGCCCACAGCAGACAAGACCGGGGAGAGCAGACCACGGGUCUGGACCAGACUUCAGUCCAUAGCUCAGACUUCAACAUCCGGCAGAAGCAUCUGCAGAGGCGACUUGGGGCUCCACAAACCCCCAUCCCGGGGAAGCCAUUCCUGGGUGAGGGGGACACCAAGCAGCAAUUGGAAGUAGACCCAGAUCCGCCCAAAUGUGGAUUUCCAGCAAAGGUCCCGGAGCCCUUCAGAUCCAACACCAGCCCUCAGCGUGCACAGGAGAUCCAGGAGCCAUGUGUCUGCCCCUGGGGACCCCUGCCCCAAAAGGCCCACAGGAUCAUGGCAUCCCCUGAUGCCAUCCUGGCCAGGCUUGUGCCCACAGCGGUGGUCAAGCUGCAGGAUCACGUGGCUCAGAAAUGCUGGCAGAUCCAAACGAAGGCCUUUCCUAAGAUGGUGUGAGAGUCGCACAGAGAUGCUCCCCUCCGGAGAGACUGCCCUGCCUGGGCCACUCCACCCCCCUAGGGAGCCAGGCAAGCACAGGACAGCGGCAUUCCCAACGAUGGGACAACAGCCUGCUCACCCCAUCGAACUCCACAUAAGGCAUCAGCAUCCGGUCAUGCAGAGGGGGAUGCUCACCCUGGACCCAGAGCCCCUGGCAAAGCUGCCUCACGCCGUGCCAGCCAGGGGAGCCCGUGUGGAGUUCAGUGAGAUGGAGACCGAUUUCCUGCAGACGGGGAGGCAAAGCACAAGCUCCUCUUCUUCCACAUGUCCUCCAACGCCAGUGGAAGAUACCACCAUGGAGACGGGCAGGAAUGAUGGCGCGGCAGGAAAGCAGACUAACCCACAGCGCUGCACUCUGCCAGCAGGGGUGGGUCUGACAUCGCCACCUCCAGGAACCACAGUAGCAGAGAAGACACUCGCAGCGACACUCCAAAUGUAUAGGAGCGAGUUGAGAAAGCCCCUUACCAGUGUGAGCGGCACCAAAGGGACUGAAGAGAAGCUGGAGCUGCACAUGGAGAGGAAGGUUCUCUUGGGAGAAGGCUCCUGCCUGCGGCCAGGGGCACAAGCAGGUGAGAGCAGGGCAGAUCUUCCCAGGAUCCAAUGGCACCAGGUUGCCCCAGAGGCACCAGGCUCUGAGCAGCUAACAAGAUCCACCCUUGACUCUCUCCUUGCUGGGCAGGCUGCACACGACCUGCAGAUCAAGCAGCUGACGGAAAUGUUGAGCAGCUCCCGCCCCUUGGCGGGCCAGGUCUCAGUUUGCCAGCAGUGCCGCAAGGCAUAUCCAGGAAAGAGGAAGGGUGAGAAAACUCCAAAGGAGACAUCUGCUGAGCUGCAUGGUGUUCGAGACAUCAUGCAUUCACAUGGGUUCAAUGGAACUGUGAAUUCAAAGCUCUCCAGGGACCAGCCACCAAUCAGAGUCUGCGAGAAGUGUGGUAAGCAUCGACAAAAGAGACCAGCUGGCUCUGCAGGUGCUGACUUGCCGGGAAGAUCCCAUGGAAUUCCACAGCGAUGGACUCCAGGAGACUCCUCAGCAUCAUCCAACCGCAAUAAGAUGCCAGUGCUGUGGCUCCUUCCAGCAGACAAGAGCAAGACGCAGGAUGGAAUGGGGAAAUGGGCUCCCCGCAAGCAACCAAAGAUGGUGUCCGUUGCAACGAGUACAACAGGGCUUUCGCAAGCUGGGGAGAAAGCAAGUGGGAGUCCUGACGGUUCUCCCUCAAAGUCAGCAAAGGCCUACAGAGCUAGGACACCAUCCCCUUCAAUGAGCAAAGUUCUCCAAAAGAUGUUAAUGUGCCUGAAGCAAACCUUCAGCAAGCUGCAACACAAAGUGAAGUCCCGAAUGUCCAAGGACCCUCGUUCCAGAACACCUGACACUAAAUUUACAAAGC